UAGGACGAGAGACUAAUUUGCAUCUGGCAGCACGUUUUCUAGCACAAGGAGGCGCCGGCGUUGUAGUUGCUAGAAACUUCUGUUCUUCAAUAAUAAAUAAUAUGGAAACGCUAAAGAACGAUGUGGCGGAGCUGGCCGCGUUUCUGGAGCAGGCCAAGAGCGUGCGCGUCAGAGGCGUGCUGACCGCAGCCAAGGCGGAGGCCGAGCGGGAAAUUGUUAACCUGGAGAUGAAGGCGCGCAUUGCGGCGGAGCGCGAGGCGGCGGGCACGGAGGCCAAGAGAUAUCUGCACGAGCUGACGGACUAUGGCUGGGACCAGAGUCCCAAGUUUGUAAAGCUCUUCAUUACCCUGAACGGCGUCCAGGGCUGCACGGAGGAGGAUGUGACCGUCAACUAUACGGAGAACUCGCUGCAGCUGCAUGUCCGCGAUCUGAAUGGCAAGGACUUUGGCCUGACUGUGAACAAUCUGCUGCACGGCAUUGAUGUGGCGAAAAGCUAUCGCAAGAUCAAAACGGACAUGGUGGCCAUUUACCUGAAGAAGGCAAAGGAGGGCGAAAACUGGGACGUCCUCACCUCCAUACAGAAGCGGCUCAAGCAGAAGCAGGACACCGAAAUGGGCAAGGAUGGAGAUAAUGCCGAAUCGGCGCUGGUGAACAUAAUGAAGAAAAUGUACAAUGACGGCGAUUCCAAGACCAAACAGAUGAUUGCCAAGGCCUGGACUGAGAGCCAGGACAAGGCAAAGAUGGGCGGCGGCCCUGGCGCCGGGCUGGAUGCUCUCGGAGAUCUCUAGGACCGAAUGAUGAAUAAAUGUAAUGAUUACUGCUUCAAUUCCAGCACACACAAAUACAAACCUGUGGAUAAAUAAAGCUAAAUAAGUUUAAA